GGGUGUCGAACAAAACAACAACACUUAGACAGGUUUGGUAAAGUAGUUAAUUGAAUUAGUUGGUUUUCUUCGUAAGCAUCGAAAUCAGAUUCCUUUACCCAAAAAAAAAAAAGUUGAAAUCGACAGUGUAAGUAAGACUAAGAAACAUAUCUCUCUUCUUCUUCUUCUUCUCUCUCUCUCUCUCAUAUCUUUCCUCUCUGCUUCCUCGGUUUCAUCGUCUACUGCAUUUCAUCUGUCUCAACAAUGGCGUUAUUGUCAGUACCUUGCGCCAAGAUCUGUGCCCCAAACCGGCAGGUUGGUCCUCUUCCUGGAAUCUCUACCCGACGAUGGCAGCCGCAACACAGUGGCAUCUCAUUUCCCUCCGGUGUAUCUCAGACUCAUUCUACAAUCUGGAGGCUGAGUGCAACAACCAACGAGGUUGUUUCGCACUCUAGCCCUGUGACUAAUGGUGGGAUUUUGAACGGAAAAGCCAAAACCAAUGUUCCUGAAUCCGCCGAGCUCUCUGAAUUUAUGGCUAAAGUCUCAGGUCUUCUUAAGCUUGUGGAUUCAAGAGACAUAGUGGAACUCGAACUGAAGCAGCUCGACUGUGAGAUCGUUAUUCGAAAGAAGGAAGCUUUACAGCAAGCUGCACCUUCAGCUCCAGUUUACCACUCAAUGCCUCCUCUAAUGGCAGACCUUCCAAUGCCUCCACCUCAGUCAGUGGCUUCUCCUCCUCCUACUCCUACCCCCGCCUCAACCUCUGCACCAGCAAAACCAACAACCGCCCCGUCCCCGUCUCAACCUCCACUCAAGAGCCCUAUGGCUGGUACUUUCUACAGAUCUCCUGGACCCGGUGAACCCCCUUUUGUUAAGGUUGGAGAUAAGGUGCAGAAGGGUCAAGUUGUUUGCAUUAUCGAAGCUAUGAAACUGAUGAACGAGAUUGAGGCUGAGAAGUCAGGAACCAUCACUGAGUUACUGGCUGAAGAUGGAAAACCAGUCAGCGUUGACACGCCUCUGUUUGUAAUCAUAUCUUGAAACGGAAGAAGCAUCCUUUUAGCAGCUGGUUCAAAACAUCUUCAAAGUCUCGAAUCCCCUAUACCGACCGUGCUGAAAAAUCAUCUCAGGUUAGGUUGGUUUGGUUUCAGUUUUCUACUCUUCCUUGCGAGCUUCAGUAGAGAUUUUGGGAUUUCGCAUAACGUAUUAUGCAUGUCUUUUAGAAUAAUAAAUUUCACAAAGUAAUCAUUUACUCUGUUGUCAUGGUGUAUGUAUCAAAUAUGUAUGUUCAGAUCAAGAAUCGUGUUUUUUUUUUUCA